AUAGUGUACCACCAUCAGGUUGCGUUGUGAAGGGAGGAAAACUGCAGCUCUUCUGAGGAGGGCGCCUUGGAGAACGUGGGUGGUAUAUCGUCUGGCGAAGAGGGGGCAUGUCUGUGGUCAUUAGGGUCCUUGUUUAUUAUUCAUCACAACAAAACAGAAGAGAAAUGAUCUGAAAUUAGUGCCAACCGAAGUGGCUUGGAGACGUACAGCGGUCACAUGCUAGAAGUGAAAGAAUAGGAAGUUCUUUAAAGAAACCUGAAUUACCAUUCCUGCUGCUUUUAUUCCUAAGGCUGAACAACUUGGUUUAUGUUUGAGUUGUAACUUGCUUAUCCUGUUGCCAUUGUGAAACACCUGCCAGUCUUUGGAAUACCCCAUCAAAGCAGUUUACUCCACCCUUGGAUUGUAGAAGAUCAGACUGGAGUUGUGAUAAAGGUGAAACGACACCAACGUAAAGCAUGAGUGUCACUAUGAGUCAGGGGGUUAUAACCACCCCUCCUCCACCCAGCAUGGGCCACAAAGAGAGAUACUUUGAUCGCAUCAAUGAAAAUGACCCUGAUUAUAUUCGAGAGAGGAAUAUGUCACCUGACCUGCGGCAGGACUUCAACAUGAUGGAGCAAAAGAAGAGGGUCACUCAGAUACUCGAAAGCCCUGCUUUUAGGGAAGAACUGGAGGGCCUCAUUCAGGAGCAGAUGAAGAAAGGUAGUAACCCCACUGGACUACUGGCUUUGCAACAGAUCGCAGACUUCUUCACAGCAAACAGUUUCUCAGGUUUUGCUUCAUCUCCUCUCAGUCUGGGAAUGUCUAUGCCAAUCAAUGACUUGUAUGGGGUCGAGAUGUCUUCCUAUGCAAAAGGAGAGAAAAUGACAAGGUGUAAACUAGCCAGUUUGUAUAGAGUAGCUGAUCUGUUUGGGUGUGUACACCUAACGAACUCCUACAUUACAGCAAAAGUCAGCAAAGAGCAAGAUCACAUUCUCAUGCUCCCUCAAGGACUGUCUUUUGCUGAAGCAUCAGCUUCCAAUCUGGUAAAAGUGAAUAUACUAGGUGAGGUGGUUGAGCAAGGCAGUACGAAUCUGAGCAUUGAUCACUCUGGGUUUAGCCCCCAUGCAGCCAUCUAUUCCAUUCGCCCAGACAUUCGAUGUAUUAUCCAUAUACGUACUCCUGCAGCAGUUGCCGUUUCUUCCAUGAAAUGUGGUGUUCUGGCAAUCUCUCAGGAUUCCCUGUGUCUUGGAGAUGUUACGUACUAUGAUUAUCAUGGAUCUCUUGAUGAACAGGAUGAGAGACUCCAACUACAGAAAACUCUUGGACCAACUAGUAAGGUAUUAGUGUUAAGAAACCAUGGUAUACUAGCACUUGGCGAAUCCAUAGAAGAGGCCUUUAACUACCAUAUCCUUGCCCAGGAGGUCUGUGAGAUACAGGUGCGUGCUUUAACAAGUGCCGGAGGAGUGGACAAUCUAAUUAUCUUGGAUUUGGAGAAAUAUAAGCCCUGCACUCAUGACCUAGUAGCAGCGGGAGGUGGAGGAGUGUCCAUGGGGACAUCUCAGAAAUGGAAGACUGGAGAGCAGGAGUUUGAAGCUGUGAUGAGAAUGCUGGAUAAUCUGGGUUACAGGACAGGCUAUGCUUACAGACAACCUGUCAUCAGAGAAAAACCCAAACACAAGAGUGAUGUAGAGAUCCCAGCCACUGUCACGGCCUUCACCUUUGAUGAUGAUGCUUUGCCCCGUACGCCUCUCAAGUUCCUCGUACAAAAACAUCAACGUGAGAAGACAAGGUGGCUGAACUCGCCCAAUGCUUACAUGAAGGUGAAUGUACCAGAGGAGUCCAGAAAUGGAGAGAUGAGCCCAAGGUCAAAAACUAUGUGGAUGAAAACAAAUGACCAACAGAAGAAUUGCAGUGGAACACCAAUCAAGAUCGAAGACCCAAACCAGUUUGUUCCCUUAAACACAAAUCCAUCUGAUGUAUUAGAAAAGAGAAACAAGAUUAGAGAACAAAAUCGAUAUGACAUGAAGACAGCAGGCCCGCAGUCUCAAGUCUUGGCUGGAAUUGUUGUGGACAAAAAGCCAUGUCCUAUUAUUCAGAUUGAGGAGGAUGAUGAUGCAUUUCUUCCACCAAAUCCAUUCAGUGGUCUGACAGAAGCCAUACUGGAGAAGUACAGAAUGACUGUAGAAGGAAAACAGCUGGGUUUAGAAAAUGGUGAGCUGGAACUAACAUCCGAUGAUGGUUCUUCUGUUUCACAAAGCCAGUCAAACCCACAGUCACCAAUAAGUAUUCCUGAGAAAGUGGAAGAAAACCAUGAGGAGCACAUCAUAGUGGUUUCACAGGAAGUGCCAGAGGUUAUUGUAAAUGGCAAAGAGAACAUGUAUGACAACACAGAAGAUGACUUAAGCAAGAGAGUCAGCCAGCUAACCACUGGUACAGUGGAGAUUACAAUAAAAUCUUCAGAGAAAAUUGAAGAGUCUCUGUCCCCUGAGGGGUCUCCAUCCAAAUCUCCCUCCAAGAAGAAAAAGAAGUUCCGUACCCCAUCAUUUUUGAAAAAGAACAAAAAGAAGGAGAAGGGUGAAGCCUAAAAGCAACCAAUUUUGAGAUGACAGUGCACAUUUUUGAAGUUUCACAAAACUUUUGUCUUAACAGGUUACAAGUUAAACAGCAUUAGGAGUGUGCAGCAAACUGGAUCUUGAGUGUGAACUAAAAACUGAAGAGAAUGACCAAAUAUUUCUGUUUAAUAAGACUCGCGUUUAUAUAUAAAAAUUCUUCCCCUCCCAAAAUAUAAAAUAAAUUUAUAGCCAAAGAGAUUAAUGGUUAUAUUUCUCUCUCAUAAGUGCAGAGCAGAUUUGAGGUUUCAGUUUGUAGCUCAGCAGUACAAUUGGACUUAAGGAGGUACUAGCCAGAGCUGAUAUUGAUGUCAGGAAGCUGUAAUUUAUUUGUUUAAAACUUUGUUGUUUAUUUCAGUGUUAUCUGCCAAAAGUUUCAGCUAAUGGGUCUACAUAAGCUGCACACUUCUAAUUUUAAACCUAAAAUCAUGGAUAAUUAUGCACUGAGAGAGACAUGCCCAUUCAGACAAAAACAAAGAGAAAGUUUUAUAUGGACUUUUAUGCAUGUUGGAAUGGAAGCAAACUAGGUAUUCCAUUGCUUGGUAACACAUUUGCCAAAUAACUGAUUUUAAGAUAUUUUUUUUCUUUUUGUAGUUUCGUCCAUUGGGAAAAAUAUCAUCUCAGUAAAGAGAGUCUUUUACAUUAAAAUCGAGUUUAAUAUAGUAUAACACUUUAACGUUUUUAACAUUAAAUGUUUGUAUACUGUUCAGUUAAAGUAUUAAAAGCAUGUAAUGCAAGGGUCUAACAGUAUAGUUUGUAUUUUAAAGAUAACUGAAUUUUAAGUGGCAAAAGCAUAGCUCAGAUCUCGGCUAAUAAUUACAACUGGAUAAGUGCACUGCUGGAGUUUUACUGCACUUUUCAUGUGGUGUGAGUAACAUUUUUUUAAACAAAUAAUUUUAACUUAGUAAUAUGAAGGUGAACAUCAUUGGCAAAAUGGCAAGAAAAAGAGAAAGAAAUGCAAAGGAAAGGAAUCUAAUUUUGUUUUAAAGGCAGUGACUAGUGCGUGUUGGUUUGUGUUCUAAGUUCAAAAUAUGUUUUAGUAUAUGAAAUGUGAAAAAAUGAAAUUGGCUGCUUUAUAUUCUCUUAUUUUCUUGUAUAUUUUUGUUACACAUUAUAAAAUGAUUGGAAUUGCUUAGUCUUAUAACUAUAUGGACUGGGUAAGAUGUCAUGCCUUUGUGAAUUCCAUAGUGGUUGAUUCUUAUCAUAGCCACACAGAAAAAUACAUAUUUUGAUUAAUUCUGUAUAUAGACCAGAGUAAAAUUAUAAUUAUACUAGUGGACUGUGUCGUUUUUACUUACCACAUUUUUUCUCAGCACAUUCAUUUUGUUGCUUUUUCUUAAGCAACAUGUUUUGAAUUCUCUUGUGAAACUGUGGUCUCGCAUAGAAACAUGAAUGUGCAAACAUUUCAAAGUCCUGUUUUUUACAAGAAUCCCAGCUUGCAAUGUGAAAAGGUUGGUUAUAUUAUCAUGUAGAGAAAAGUUUGCAUAUGAAGAUUCUGACUACAGCAUGUCGUCCCAGGGCUGUUAAUGUUUGGCAAUAUUCAGAAUGUUAAUGAAAAUAAGAAAAGCGUCAGCAAAUAUGAUAGUAUAUUAAGUAACUCUAAAUACUGGAAUUGAAAUAUGUUUCAUUUUUUAAAAGAUUCAUUUCUCUUUGUUUUAUUAGUGUGUUCAUCAUUUUGAUUUGUAUUACAAAGCAUUUAGAAUCAUUUAUUUGCACACUGUUUUUUAUGAUCUUAAAAAUUGCAUUGUAUUUAGUUGGUUCUAUCGUGCAGAAUUUUUCUUCAAAUGUACGUGAACUUGUUGCACCUUUUCUAAUUUUUAUCUGCUUGGGUCUUCUAAAAAACCCAGCAAUCAUGUCCUGUGGAAAUGAUACGAUAUUUGAUGAAGUUGCUGUUAGGUGUAAUGCUAAUCUGUGUAAAUUACAAAUAAACAGUAUUUUAAAUAGAUGGAAUGUGUAACAUAGCUUUGACAGCCAUUUGUCUCAGAUUGCUAUAUACUGCCAGUACCUUGUACUGUCUGCCUUUUCAUAAAUAUGUAAAACAUAUGCAAGAACAGGGUCAAAAAGGUGAGCAUGGAUUUAAUGCAUCUUGUGUGUAUGCUUUAGAAGCACAAGACCCUUUUGUAAACAUUUGCCUAGCAGAUCCACUCAGGGUGGUUAUUGCUAUUGUUUUAAAAGGGGUUGCUUUCCACUACAUUAUGAUGUGGGGACCAUUCAUUCUACCGUGCCCUGCAUAUUACUUAGACAAAGACUUAAGGAAAUGAGUCCUUGCAGUGCAAUUUGGUUCCCUCUUUUAGUUUCUGUGAAGCAUGUGGCACAAGGACUGUCUACUGUAGUCAGUUAAUACUUGCAGCCCAUCAUAGUAUGAAAUGGUUUUGCAGGUUUUUCCUGUAGUAGUUUAAGUUAGUGCACAAAAUAGAAUAGUAGCACAGAAUAAAGCUGUGAAGAAAUAACAUUUUGUGCUGGCCUAGAACAAUAUGGUAUUUGUCUCAGCAUUAGACUUUGCAAGUACCUCUUGGCCUUCACAUAAUGUGUCACAGUGGUUACAAUAAUUUUUAGGUUGCUUGUAUGAAUGGCUGUAAUCCGGUACAUUAAUGACUGCAUUCAUUUUUGAUGGACAAAAGCAUUUUAAUUCCCAACCAGCUCUGUUUUUUUUUUAGUCUGUAUACCUGUAUUAAUUUCUAUGGAUCAUUAUAAACAAUCAUAACAGUGAAAUAUAGCAAAAUAAAAAACAUACUUGAGUAAAGGCUAUUAAUUACAUUCAUUUAUAUUUUUGGACUUAACUGUAAAGCAUCUAAAUUGUAUUUAAAAUACUGAAUAACUGCAAAUAAGAUAUACAAAACGUGUUAUUCUGUAUAGCAUAUUUUUUUGCUCUAAAGAUUAUUAAAUGCUUAUUAUAACUA